AUGCCCGGAAAGCCUGCCACCGAGUAUGGAGAUCUAAGUGAUGUGGAAGGUGAGUACCUCAAGAGCGAGGUAGUUCAAAUUCUUGAAGACAUCCGUCUCCUUGGCUGGGAAAUGGACGAUGGUAUACCUGACAAUAUUAUCUACGACCGUCUCACAAAAACUGUUUCAAUUACGUGUGUUGCUUAUGGAACAGAUACAGAGCCCACCGAAUCUAGGCCUAUAACUGAAAGAGAUGGCCUCGUCCGUAUUCUUGGGCAGAACUUGUGGUGGAUGUAA